AUGGAGCCCCUCACCGAGCUCAGCCAGGAGGGCGCGGGCGGCGGGGAGCCGCCGGGCGACGGGCCGCUCUGGACCGCUGUCUUCGAAUACGAGGCGUGCGGCGAGGACGAGCUGAGCCUGCGGCCGGGGGACGUGGUGCAGGUGCUGUCCCGGGACUCGCACGUGUCCGGCGACGAGGGCUGGUGGACGGGCAAGAUCGACCAGCGCGUCGGCAUCUUCCCCAGCAACUACGUGAGCAGCGGCGUGCAGGCGGGCGGCCCGGAGCUGCGCGCCCGAUACCCGCCGCCCCCCGCCAUACAGCUCCUAGAGAUCGACUUCUCAGAGCUUGUUCUGGAAGAAAUCAUUGGCAUAGGGGGCUUUGGAAAAGUGUAUCGAGCUGUAUGGAUAGGAGAUGAGGUUGCUGUCAAGGCAGCUCGCUAUGACCCUGAUGAGGACAUCAGCCAGACCAUUGAGAAUGUCCGCCAAGAGGCCAAGCUCUUUGCAAUGUUGAAACAUCCCAACAUCAUUGCCCUCAGGGGCGUGUGUUUGAAGGAACCUAAUCUUUGCCUGAUCAUGGAGUUUGCCCGAGGAGGAUCGCUCAAUAGGGUGUUGUCUGGUAAAAGGAUACCUCCUGACAUACUGGUGAACUGGGCAGUGCAGAUUGCCAGAGGAAUGAACUACCUGCACGAGGAAGCAAUUGUUCCCAUAAUUCACCGUGACCUCAAGUCCAGCAACAUACUGAUACUCGAAAAGGUGGAAAAUGGAGAUCUGAGCAACAAGAUGUUGAAGAUCACGGAUUUCGGCUUGGCCAGGGAAUGGCAUAAAACCACCAAAAUGAGCGCGGCUGGGACAUAUGCCUGGAUGGCUCCUGAGGUCAUCCGCUCUUCCAUGUUCUCCAAAGGCAGCGAUGUUUGGAGUUAUGGUGUGCUGCUUUGGGAACUGCUAACAGGAGAAGUGCCAUUCAGAGGAAUUGAUGGUCUUGCAGUAGCAUAUGGUGUUGCUAUGAAUAAGCUUGCCCUUCCAAUCCCUUCCACGUGUCCUGAGCCUUUUGCCAAACUCAUGGAAGAUUGCUGGAACCCUGACCCACACUCACGACCUUCCUUUGCCACAAUCCUAGACCAUCUUACUGCCAUAGAAGAGUCUGGUUUUUUUGAAAUGCCCAAAGAUUCCUUCCACUCCCUGCAGGAAGACUGGAAACAAGAGAUCCAAGAGAUGUUUGAUCAGCUCAGAGCCAAAGAAAAGGAGCUGCGCACAUGGGAAGAAGAGCUGAGUCGUGCUGCUGUUGAACAGAAGAACCAUGAGGAGCUGCUACGAAGGCGGGAACAGGAACUGGCAGAACGUGAGAUUGACAUCCUGGAAAGGGAGCUCAACAUCAUCAUCCACCAGCUGUGUCAGGAGAAGCCUCGAGUCAAGAAACGCAUGGGGAAGUUCAAGAGGAGCCGGCUCAAGUUAAAGGAUGGCAAUCAUAUCAGCUUGCCUUCAGAUUUUCAGCAUAAAUUCACUGUGCAGGCUUCUCCAACGAUGGACAAAAGAAAAAGCUUGAUCAGUAGCUGCUCCAGCCCUCCUGCAAGUCCUACCAUUAUUCCCAGACUCAGGGCCAUACAGUUGACACCUGCUGAAAGCAGUAAAACGUGGGGACGAAGCUCAGUCCUUCCAAAGGAGGAAGGAGAGGAAGAAGAGAAGAGAGGCCAGAAGAAAAAGGGACGCACUUGGGGACCAAGCUCACUUUGUCACAAGGAGCUAGGUGCAGGAGAAGAGGGUCUGAAAGCUCUGGUAGAAGGAUGCAAGCAGUGGUCAUCCAGUGCACCAAAUCUUGGGAAGAUCCAGAGAACUGCACCUGCUUUUCCAGGAUUCACCAGCUUAGCAGAGAUGGAUGAUGAGGACAGUGAAUGUUUUAAUGGAGAGGGCAAAGUGCACCCUUCACCUGUGCACAAUCAGUCAUACCUCUGCAUCCCAUUUCAGAAGAAUGAAGAGUGGGAUGGCCCUUCUAGUGAUGCCAACGAGGAGUCCACCCCUGUAAACUCUGCUACCAGUACCCCACAGCUGACACCCACCAACAGCCUCAAACGUAGCGGCUCCCACCACAAGCGAUGUGAGAUUGCAUUGCUUGGCUGUGGAGCAGUGCUGGCUGCUGCAGGCCUGGGUUUUGAUCUUUUGGAAGCAGGGAAGUGUCAGCUGCUGAUUGAGGAAGAGCCAGAGGUGCCCAAGGAAGAGAAGAAGAAGCGUGACAGCAUUUUUCAGCGAGCUGGACGCCCGCGCAGGAGCACCAGUCCUCCUUCCCGGAAGAUCUUCAAGAAGGACGAUCCCCUGUUGUUGCUAGGCGAGCCCUCCACAUCCCUCACCCUUCUUUCCCUGUCUUCCAUUUCCGAAUGUAAUUCCACACGGUCCCUGCUACGCUCAGACAGUGAUGAGAUUGUGGUUUAUGAGAUGCCUGUCAGCCCAGUGACAGUCAAGGCUCCCUUGCCAGCCAUUACAAACCCACUGGUCAAUGUCCAGAUCGAGAGGUUCAAACAAGACCCCAACCAGUCCCUGACUCCCACACACGUGACGGUCUCUUCCCACACCCAGCAAAGCGGACACAGGCGCACACCUUCUGAUGGAGCCAUCAAAGGGAGUGGACUGGUUGUCAAUGGGUGCCCAACCAGUGGAUGCCCUUCCAGUAGCUGUUUAACUGGAGCACUGGGAGCAGGUGUAUUAAAAACACCUAGUCCAAGCAGAGAUCCCAGUGAGGUCCCUCGCCUGCCAGACCCCAACCUUGUUUUUCCUCCAACCCCGAGACGAUGGAAUGCACAGCAGGAUCCCACACUGGAAAGACCCAAGACAUUGGAGUUCCUGCCCCGGCCGCGUCCUGCAGCCAGUCGGCAGCGGCUUGAUCCCUGGUGGUUUGUGUCACCCAGCAAUGCCAAGGGUGAAUCUUCUGCCAACAGUUCAAGUACUGAUACUCCAAGCAAUCUGGACUCUUGUUUUGCUAGUAGCAGCAGCACUGUAGAAGAGAGACCUGGACUGCCUGCACUGCUUCCUUUCCAGGUGGGUCCUCCUGCAGAGGAGCGGACACUGUUGGACAUAGAUGCUGAGGGGCAGAGCCAGGACAGCACCAUUCCGCUAUGCAGAAGUGAACUUAACACACACAAAGCUGCAGCAUAUGAACUCAAGCAAGAAUUCUGGUCUUAAUAUGAAACCACUGGGGACAGUGGGCCCCUCUAAAUUCAAUCCUAUUUUUUGCACUGAGAAUGCACUUUGAAAACAGACAAGAUGGAGGGAUGCUACAGAGAUCAUAUGGUGCUGCCUCUGCUGAAGAUGUGUUAUCAGCUGCCUGAUUUUUGUCUGCAUUUGGGUGAAAUUUGGCAACUCUGAGCUGCUGACUUUUGCUGUGGGGUUUUUCUGUAGUCUUCCCUGCCCUCUUAUUGCAGUUUGAAUCUGCAAUGAGCUAAAAUUAUCAUAUCAAAGUCUUUUGUUACUGACCUUGUAGGAUUUGGCACUUGCAGUAAGUAUAUUGGUAUCUAUCCUGGUAUUAAUCAGUAUUUUCAAAUAACAUUCAAAUAUUACACUACAGCAGACAUCAGUGUUUGAUGUUUUCCCAAGGAAUCCAGAACAGAAACAAAUAAAUAUCUGGAGACUACCUUCUCUGAAAUACAUGCAGAUCAUUAGACAGGCCUGGGAAUCAUCAUACCCCCACUGAAAGAGCAGAAGUAGCUAUCUUAAGACUUGUUUGUCCUCUUUUGCUCAUGUGACAGCAUAAGAUGGAACAGAUGGCAGGGGAAGGGCAUGGCAUCUCCACUGGUGGAGGUCUUUGAGAGCAGGUGAACCAGACUGUUUGAAACAAGUAGGUGUAGUUGAUCCUGGCUUCUGGGUAGGUUGGAUGAACUUCAGUGGUCUCUUGAGGUCCCUCUCAGUCCUAUUUUUUUAUGACCUUGUGCUUUCAAGAUGAAGGCUUAUGUUAUAGCUGUUUAGCUUGUUUUUUUGUUUCAGACUUUCAUUCCAUCGGUCUCUUUUUUUCCCACCCUUUUUCUCAGGCUUAUAGUCAAGUUGCCUCAGCUUUGGGAGGAGAGUUAGCAGAAACUUUUUUUUAAAGAUGUGUUAGCUUGCAGAAGUAAGUUAUGUGUUUCCAAAUCUUUUUCUUUCCAUUUUUAUCUUCUUUCUUGCACUUUUUAGGAGUGACCCAUGAAACCCAAGACUGUUCUUGCAUACACUGGUACUGUUUAAGGCUGUUUUGAAAAUGAGGCUUGUUAGCAGUUAGAUUGUACAAACAGGAAUCAGAACAUUUGGAUUCUGUUUUAUUUUGUCACUGACUCACUGUGUGACCCUGGGCAAAUAAUAUAACCUCUGUGCCUGAAUUUCCCCAUCUGUAAAUAAUAGGAAUAAUACCUACCUCACAAGGGGAGGGGUUGGGACAUAUAAAUAGGUAUAAAGUCCUUUGAGAUCUUUGAGUGAAAGGCACUAUAGAUAUGUAGAACUUUAUUCUUGUUCAAAUAUGUAAAACACUCCUAGAUCUGGAGCAAGAACAGACCCCGGUCUGGAAAGAGGAAGUCACACAAAAUGGGGUGUGCCUAUGCUCAGAGUUUUCUGUACAAAGACUUCAAGUGUGUCUGUGCCACUGCAGGUAUGUCUUACUGGCUGUAAUGAGAGCUUCAAUCUUCCCCAGAUUUGGCAUUAUAUAUAAGGGAUGUGGCCUUUAUAUGAGUGUAAUAGGGUAGUCUGCUUUAUUGCAGGGUACAGCAUGUCUGUUCACUGUUCUUGUACAAAUCUGUGCUUGUUUUGCUAAUCUGCUGAUAUUUGGUUGCAAAUAAGUCAUUUGACAGUGCUGCCAAUGCAGUGCUCAGCCUGUUGGGGCAGUCCAGUCCUGCUGUGAAGGCAGUAGAGCUGAAUACUUCCUGCAGCUGUCAGCACAGUGAACCUGUGUGUUUAGAUGUUUGUAACUUGAUUUUAAAAACCAGCAUGUGUGGGGAAGAACUGUAUGUAAGGCUUUUUAGUUCUGUGUGAGGACUGAAACCAGCAUGUUCCCAUUAGUCAAGUGCACCUUUUUUUUUCAAGCAAUUACAGUAUAUUUUGUUUUGAAAGGUCACAUAUUUUUUGUUUAUCACAUUCCAUGGAAAAUGCUUAAUGCAGAAUAACUUUCUGCUGCCCUCCCUAUUAAAUGCUCCAGAGCUAGCCUUAAUGGUGCUACACUAAAUGUUGAAGCUGGAGAGACUGUUGACUGUUUAGACAAGGUAUUAUGAUAAGGCAAGGUGGGAUUCAGAUUCUUAAAGAAAACUUACAUUUCUGACUCUUUUGUUAAAUUCAGGCCUUUAGCAUUAUUGAUUUGGUAAGCAUCCUUUUACUUUCUAUUUCUGAAAACUUAAUUUGUGACCCAGACACUGGCAAAAAGACAAAGCUUAUCCAACAGAUUUCUAAUUUUGAUUGUGCUAUGAAUCAACCUUAACGUAAUCUCAGUAAGAGGCUGUGUCAGAGGGAUUUAAAAGGACAUUAAAAUAAUCUAUUUUUCAUA